AUGAAUCCCGUUGUAGCGCCGAUUUCAAGUGAGAAGUUGAUCACCGUGGAAGAAGAAAAAAGGUCAGAGUCAGUUUUUUCUCAGUUCAGCAGAAGGCGGACUGAAGCUAAUGGUGCAAGUCUGCAUAAAGAAAGCAAACCAACUCUGGAUGAAGAUGCACUUAUAAGACAAUACCUCCGAGAAUCAGCAAACGGAACAAUACCCAGUAGUAUCAACGGAAUGAUUGGGCUGAAAUUAAGCAGUGAAGAGAGAACGUUCUACAACGCGUUUGUGAAUGGGUUUAUCGUUUCGAUCUCGAACCAGUUGGCACAUCAGAAGUUGUUACCAGGCUCAAUUUUUGUGCCUACGGCGAUGUUUGAUCCCUUGAUCCAGAAAUUGUGCAUGACGUGUGGUGCAUCUUUCUUAUAUCGGUGCUCAUCUGGAAAUGAUAAGGAAUUGCUCUCGAAGGUAAAAGAGUCCAAUUCCCUGAUUGUGAAAGAGUUAGUUCACAGACUGGAUGAGAUGCCGAUCAUGGAAACUAGAGAGUGGAUCUUGAUUUAUUUCACACUACAGAACAAUAGACAGAAGUUUGUCUAUGAGGGUAGACACUCCCAGACCAUGAAUUUGAUAUCUGGAGUCCAAGCAAUCAAAAUGUGGCUUGAAACGAAGAAAAAAGAUGCCAAUACCAAAGUAGUAGAAAAAAUAAUAGAGAUAGAAAACGAAACAGUUAUUGGAAGUGACAACAUUUUUUAUACGAAUUCACUGAAUCAGAAGGCAGAUUUUCAAAAUAAAAAAAGAAAUGAUAUCCCUUAUUGGGAGUAUAAUCACAAUGGAGAUACUUGCAGCGUUGAUGAAUUCACUGAAGCAGACUCAUACAUUCUACUUGACAAGCUGGUGGAUAAAACAAACUUGCUCAAGUCCGCAAACAGCAAUUGCAAUGAUGGAGUGAUUCUUUCAUCAUGUGAGGAACCCAAGUCGCGUACAGGUCAUAUGGUCGACAUGCUUGAGAUCGAAGCCAAAAUGCUACUAUCUUCAUUCAGCAAUGCCGAUAAAGUCAAGAAUUCUGCAGAAGUGACCGCGUUCGAACGGACACUAUUAGAAACUUUUAUUUUCAAUUACUCUGGUACCUUGUUAAUAAUCGAUAAAUCAUUGGUAGGAUGUUUGACUUCACCUUUUGAACUUUUUGAUUUGAUUGCACCGUUACUUUUUGUUCCAAUAUACAAAUGUGCAGUUCCAUGGAUGAACAAUCCCACCGCCGGAGCGGCGCUGCCUAUGAUUGAACUACAGGCAAAGGUUAUAUGGCUCUCCUUCAAGGAGAAGCUAGACCAAAAAGAUCUUAAAAUAGUUCAUACUAUUCAAAAGCUUGCGCAAUACUACACAAGGCCAAUUCUUCCUGAUGAAGUUUGGAGAUCAUAUCCUAAAAAUGUGAGUAAAAAGUUGGCAGAGAGUUGCUAUGUCUCAGAGAUCGUUGCCAAAGGUGUGUACCUCUUUUCAAUGAAGAUUCUAGAUCGAAGCUUAUCUGAGGGUGAUGAUAAAGUUCAAGAAAUUGUGGAUUCUAUGUUUAAGAUACUGGACCGCAUCAGUAUGCAUAGUCAAACUUCAGUGAUUGCUAAAUGGGCAUUUUUGGUCAUUGGGUGUGCAAUUGUCAGUGAAGAACAUAAAGUCAAGUUGAAGAAGAGACUAAUUGGCUUUGUUGAGGCUUUAAAAACAGGAUCUUUAAGAACAAGUUUAAUUUUUUUGGAAGCCGUUUGGAAAGAUGGGGUGGGAUUGAACGCUUUAUUUAUAGAAAAGUAUUUAGAUUUAUUAGUUAUAUAA